GGACAAUACAGCGCUGGAGUUGUUGGACAUACAAGCAGUCACUAUAAUCCCCGUACGAGGAAGAGAUCGGGUCCAUUGAGACCAGCUGUUAUAUAAUCCGCGCAUUACGGUGACCAGUACGGAGAUCCGUCUUUGCAGUGGGUGCAGUCGAGAAAUGACAAGCUUUGGUCAAGACUCUGGUGUUUGCCUUCUGAGAUUUAUUAUUUGAACAUGGACAUAUAACAGAACACGCUACACGCAUACGGGUCAGAGGUCAACCUCAAAGCCAUAUGAUGUUGUAAUGGUCAGCUGAUGGGGAGAAGACGUCCAGAGACGUGCCGCUGUCUCCACUAAUGACGACGUCGUGACACCAGAAUACAGUCUUUUCUCCUUGGCCAAACCUGAAGUGGCAGUGAAACCGCCCCUUGGGCAAGCUGUGGCUCAUCCGGGCAAUAGCGGCAACUCCGGAGUCCUCACGCCAAGGGCUCCCCAGAUAAAGUGCCUAGGCAACACCAAUGGCCGUCUAUCACGUGUGUCAUGCUCUAUGGCUUGGUCAAUUUGUUAUUGAGUGCCAUUUGACGUCAUCUGGUGUCUGAACGAAACAUCUGAACGAAGCCUGGCCACACGGCAUCCGCAUUAAUUUCAACCGGUAUCCAAGUCCCUGCUGCUGAAGCCGAAGCUACUUCUUUACACACACUGGUGUCUUCAUAUUGUUCCUUUGCCACUAUGGAAAGACUGUGAUCAGAUGUCUGAACUGUUACCAGAGCCUGCUUAUACGGAACUACAUCUAUCGGUGUCUGAAUUUAUCCUGAAAUCCAAGCCUCGUUCCUCAUAAGUCUCAUGUUUGUAUAUUGUCCUUUUCUGUAUGAACCAUGGACACAGUGUCAUCAGAUAUUUGAACUGAGAGCAGAACAUACGUCAGAGCCACAAGCACAAGCACAAGUUAUCUGAAGAGGUACUUUAACCCGACAAGACGUCGUCUCAAGCUGACGCAGAUGGCCAUGUAGUGGUACUCCUCUCUAAGGUACCCUACAAAGGCCGAGUCAGGAUGAGCAAAUCUUCUGUGUUGAAGAUACUCCUAUCACUCUCUGUGCUUCUAAACUUGGCUUUGAUUGGAUUCUUGCUCUGGACUCGAUUUAUGCCUUUUGACUAUUGGUCAAAGGAUGACCAACAAGUGUCACAAACCAAGCCUGUCAUUGGUCUGAAUGGUCAUUCUUCUUCCACACCUCCAUCAGUUUACCCGAACCCCAACGACACCCAUACAGUGCCUACAGCCCCGCCGUGUGGAGGGAACUCCAGCUCCAGGUUAAAGCCACCUUCAUACAGCAAUAUAUUCCAGGAUCUGAGAUCACAAGAGAUCAAAUCUGUGGAGCAAUACUUAUUCAAAGUCAAAGAUUUUGAAUUAGUGGAGGCUUUUAAAGCAGAGUUAACUAGUAAUUUUAUCUUCAGUAUUGAGUUACAAACGCCAAACAAAUCUUCCGCCUUGCACUUUCUGGACAACAAGGGGAGACCACCCGCACGCGAAGCUCUUGCUGUGCUGUUCCUGCCUUCCUUCAACCCGCCAGCCGUGGAGGAAUAUGUGGUGGGACCGCUACCCAAACCAACCUAUCACUAUCGAAACCCCAGGAGAGACAAGUCAAUAGAUUUCAGGAUCCGUCAGUUUAACAACGUGGAGAUGGGCCAUGCUAUUAGAACUGUUCAGCAAGCAUUAGGAGCUAAGAUUGAGCAAUUCCUUCAAAAACAUUAUGGAGCGCAUUUUUUCGGUUGUGUUGAACAGUGUUUGACUUUUACUAGUUCUGCUGUAAGUUCAGUCUUCUCGAAGGAGAGACGGCUGUGGAUUAAUGCUAUGUACAUGGUUGAAUUCUCCACGUUACACGCCCUUGGAUUCCAGUUCCUUCUUACCAUGGUUGGUCUUGAUUCUUCUAAAUGGUACAUUGAGAAGGUUUGGUACGCAGACAAACUAUACGACUCUUUUGAUGACCUGAUUGACAAAUACGAACUAGGAGAAACCCCUAAGAUCAAUCUUAGGUUUCCCAAAGUCAAGGUAGGAGAGGACAGCCUCGGCGGGUCCCUCAACAUCAAGGGCAAGCAGUUCCCACGUGUUCCUCAGGCUGGACCCCGCCAGUAUGAGCCCCAUGGUCACCGAUACACAGUCCAGGAUGAACACGUGGAGUAUCUUCAGCAGUGGUCCUUUAAUUAUAGGAUGUCUUACGCCAGUGCUAUUCAGCUUUAUGAUGUAAAGUUUGGAGGACAGAGAAUUGCAUAUGAGAUAAGUCUGCAAGAAAUUAUAGUGUUAUAUGCUGGAGCUAAUCCAGCCACCAUGCACUCCCAAUUGGCUGACAGUGCCUUCGGCCUGAGUCGGAAUGCUCAUGGUCUAGUUCCAGGAGUUGAUUGUCCGGACUAUGCCACGUUUUUGCCUGUGACCUUGUUUGGGGCUGACCAUCCAGAUCCUUUUAACUACCCAAACAGUGUUUGCAUCUUUGAACAUAAUAACAAUGUUCCUGCGCGACGACACAAGGCCCAUAGCUACCGCAGCGGCUCAUACUACCAAGGCCUCGUCGACAAUGUCCUCAUACUUAGAACAGUGUACGUCAUGUACAACUAUGACUACAUCUUAGACUUUAUAUUUCACCAAAGCGGCGCCCUGGAGAUUAAGGUGUUAUCAACUGGUUACAUCCUCAGCGCCUUCUAUACAAAUGAGGAAAAACCGUUUGGGUUCCGAGUGCUUGAUGAUACGCUGGGUUCCAUCCAUCAUCAUAUGUUCAACUUCAAAAUCGACGUCGAUAUCCUUGGUACAAACAACCGAUAUGAGACCUUGAACUUUAAAGUGGACAACGUCACCAGGAGCUGGUAUGACAACGGACAACCGAUUCCCCAACUAUCGUUUGAACAUGACCUCAAACACACGGAGCAAGAUGCAGCGUACAAGUUCAAUUUCGAUACCCCUAGAUACCACGUGAUCUACAACAAUAACAUGGAGAACAAGUUUUCGGGGAAGAGAGGGUAUAGACUGCAGGCGCAUGGCUUCUCGAAACAGAUGCUUCCCGAGGAUAGUGGCGCCCUGAACACAUACACGUGGUCACGUUAUCAGAUGGCCGUCACCAAACGUAAAGACGAGGAGCAGGUCAGCAGCUCCAUGCACGCUAUAUUCGACAGUGGUGACCCUGUUGUGAGCUUGCAGUCAUUUAUUGAUGAUAAUGAAAAUAUUGUUGACCAGGAUCUGGUUGCUUGGGCAACGGUUGGAAUGCUCCACCUUCCCCACACAGAGGACAUCCCGAACACCCCUACAACUGGAACGGAAGCUACCAUCACACUACUUCCCUACAACUACUUCCAGGAGUGUCCCUCCAUGGGAGCACGUGACGCGGUCCGCAUCGAUGGACAGCCGGACUUUAGAGUGAAUAAUCACGGAAUCCCACAGGAUGUCAGUUGUGUUCCGAGUCAUUUGACUAGCGAGGAUAUCUCUAAACAAAAGGACAGUAUAUUUAUGGCAGCUGGGUGAAUUUAACGGAUCCUGAUAAAAAAAUCAUCGUUCGUGUAAAUAUCAACAUCAUUUUUGUACAUUUGUCACGUCAGUUUGGUAUCGGUUCUGUUAUGUUCAAUUUUUUAUCAUUAUUAAAGUGGUACUUGUA